GCACUUGCACUCGGUGUUUACUCGUAGUCCGGGAGUAUCACAGGCCUAAAGCUGAAAGGACGAGCAGAUGUCUUUCGGAAUUCAUCUUUACGAGACACCCUAGGUAGGGUUUGCCAUGUUAUGCUCUAUGGAAUGAUUACAGAAUCCACUUUGGUAGGGGACCACGAAGAUUAGUACUGCCUUUGGCCUUGAAAGGCAGUCCGAAUCGCAGAGGUGAAGGACCGUAGUCGGGCGCGAAAGCAUGGGUCCACCAGGUUGUGCACAGAAUGCUGAGGACGUGAAAUUGGCUCGAACACGCUCGCGCAUCGAGGUGUCGGCAGUCAGAGAUUUCUUAUAUGGAGGACGUGAACUAUGGGAUGAACAUACUGAGAUUGCGAACGUAGUAUCCGAGGAUCCCGUGUUUGACAAGGCUCAAAGGCCGUACCUGAUAAGGACUGAACGCUAUGGAAAUUCCUUGAAAAUGAUGAACAGAAUACAACAAUUGAGGGAAGAACAUCAUUGGUCUUCAAGGGAAUAUUCGAAAGCAUGUUCGCUCUUAGAUGAACCCGUUGCUGUGGAUCUUCAUGACAUGGCAUUCGCACCGGUCUUCAUGGCGCAAGCGUCUCAACCACUCCUUUCGAAAUAUGGAGAUUUGAUCACGAAUCAUGGAAUCCUAGGAUGUUAUCUCCAGACGGAACUUGGUCAUGGUUCGAAUGUUGCGUCUUUAGAGACUACAGCUACUUAUAUCCCCGAUACCCGAGAGUUUGAGAUCCAUUCGCCUACCUUGACAAGUCGGAAAUGGUGGAUAGGUGGACUUGCACGAACUGCCACGCAUGGCGUGGUACAAGCUCAACUCGUGCUUCCCGGAGGAAGGAUGAUAGGCCCACAUCUUUUCUUCAUCCAACUGCGAUCUCUUGAUGACCAUAGUAUCCUUCCUGGAAUAACACUUGGCGACAUUGGGCCCAAGGCAAUGGAUGGAUAUACUGCUAUCGAUAACGGCUUCGCCUCCUUCGAUCACGUUCGCAUCCCGAAGGAUCAUAUGUUGUCGAAAUUUGCACAGGUGACUGAUUCGGGACAAUAUAUUCAACCUCCUCAUGCGAAGAUGAGCUACGGUGGUAUGGUUUAUAUUCGAGCACAAAUUGCAAGUCGAUCCGGCUGGACCAUUGCCAGAGCUGCUACCGUUGCCAUACGAUAUGCCACAGUACGUCGGCAAGGCAAUCGAGGCGAAGACGGCCUAGAACGCCAGAUCAUAACAUAUCCCUCUGUGUAUAAUCGUCUGCUGCCCAUACUAUCGCGCGCCUAUGCCUUCAUCUUACUUGGUCACAAUGUGGGCAAAGUUUUCUCUGUCAUGUCGGAGAGGCUCGCAAGCGGGGAUACAUCUGUACUAGCCGAAAUGCACACAAUAACAAGCGGACUGAAAGCGUUAUCAACCAAUACAAGCACCCAGGACGUGGAGGUUGCGAGACGUGCACUUGGUGGUCAUGGAUUCAGCACCUUUGCAGGUUUGGGCCGUCUUUAUGCCAACAACCUCCCUAGCGUCACUUAUGAGGGUGACAACUUCGUUCUUGAUCAACAAGUUACCAGAGCAGCAGUCAAGGCUUACAAGAACUUUGUCUCGUCCAAAUCACCAUCAGAAUCGCUUCUCUCACCUUCGUCUUUGUAUCUUCGAUUACUUCUGAAAGACGACACAAACGCUUUGACGGCUCUGAUUUCGUGGACGAACCCGCGAGAUCUAGUUGACUUACUCGAACGUCGAGCACUUUGCCUGGUCCAACAUCAUGUGGAACACAUCAACGAUGCAGAUGCUAGUGCCGAUCAACGUGUAUCGCGGGCAGUCACUGAAUCCUUUGCUGCAGCACAAGUUUUGGUAUUCAUCAAGGAAUUACCUGCCGCGCUUGCUGCCACCGACGCAAGCAUCAUCACUGACUUAUUGACGUUGUACCUAUUGACUACACUCGAAUCCGCCUUAGUUGACCUUCUGUCCUUUGGGCUCCCACCGGGAGACAGUUCUCCCGGAAGAUCUUCAGCGGAUCCUACCUCGUCACUUAGAGCAGCAAUCAAGAACCUCUGUCUAAAACUCCUUCCUGAAUCGAUUGGACUCACUGAUGCGUUCGGCUUCUCUGAUUGGGAACUCGAUAGCUCUCUUGGUGUGUACGACGGACGAGUGUACGAAUCACUUUGGGACAAAGCACAAACUGAGCCACUCAACAAGAUGGAGCUCCCUCCGGGAUACGAGGAGCACCUAAAGGUGCUCUUACGCCGUGGCCAGAAACUAGCUGCGAAGAACAGCGCCAAGCUCUGAAAUAACGUCCAAAGCCAUAUCUUUUUCGCGUGUUGGAUAAACAACAGGGUCUCUAUAGUGCUUCUAUCUUGUAUCAUUGUAAUAUUAUGUGGAUUGGGAAUCGGAAGGGAAAAUAUGUUCUAUAUUUGUCAACCACACACCGUUUGAUCAUGGGCCACCGGCGUUGGUCCAUCUCGUAGGCUAGCGAUAUUGAAGGAGACGAGGAAAAUCCCGGGGACCAUUAUAAGAGCAUAUUGGAAUCUCCGAUAAAAUCUGGAAAUAACGGCUACAUCGUGCA